AUGGAGAUUAGCAACCCACUGGCCAAUGGAACAUUUUUCGACAAUGAAAGUGCCAUUGGCCACCGCUACUCACUAUUUCAGCUAGCUAUUUUGUCGUUCAUUUUCUCAGUCAUCAUCGCUGUGACUGUCAUUGGGAAUAUCUUCGUGAUACUCGCCUACAUUCAGGAUUCACAUAUCAGAUCAACCGUUGCAAACAUGUACAUCCUGAAUCUAGCCGUCACAGAUUUCAUAGUGGGUGCUUUCAGUCUAACCUUCAACCUAUCGAGGUUCAUCAGUGGCUUCUGGCCGCACGGUGAGAUCAUCUGCAAACUUUGGUCAAUUCUGGACUACACAGUGGUCAAUGUUUCCUGGCUGACCAUGAUCCUCAUCAGCCGUGAUCGCUUUCUCUUGGUGACCAUGGGUUUGAAAUACCAAACUUAUCAGACCAAGAAACGAGUUGGGUUGACUCUCGCCUCCAUCUGGACCAUCGUCUUGACCUACUGGUCCUUCAUAGCCUUUGCCUGGAGUCCUAUAUCUGGGUCGUCCAAUGUGGAUUACGAAACCACUUGCCUAAUGGAAUACCUUUUCAUUCCUGUCGCACCGAUUAUUAUAAACUUUGUCUACUUCUCUUUGAGUUUCGUCAUCCUUUUACUCAUGAAUAUUGCUGUGUACGUGAAAGUACGACAAAGAUCGAAAGGAAUCGUAGGCCACAUCCCGCUAACAGAUCAAUCAGGAGGACCCUCUUCUCAAAGUCACCGUGUCCCAGGGUCACUUCAUGCAGAGAGAAAUAAUUCUGGAGGUGCCACGACGAGUAGACAUACUAAAGGACAGCGCACACAAGGAACUUCUGCAGACAGAACCAUAGUCACAACUGCUGCCUCUACGGCAUCCCAUCAGGGAACCGCUCCAGUUCAGGAUAAUACUCAUGACGUUCAUCGAAAGACACUUAGGAAGCAUCACAAGGCCGCCGUAGUCUUGGGGAUUCUUUCAGGAUGUUUUCUGCUUUGCUGGUUGCCUUACAUAGCAUCUUCUGUGGUGUUUUCCUUUUGCAGAGGCUCGUGUAUACCAGAAAUGGCGUGGGAGGUAACCGAGGCCAUAUCCUGGUGCAAUUCGAUGAUUAACCCGUUCAUAUAUGCUGCCACGAAUGUAAUCUUUCGUAAGAACUUUAAACGGCUUUUGAUGAUCAAUAAAUGUUCCCCCGAUGUCAUGGGCAACGGAGCAAAUUGA